AUGCCAGCGUCGCGCCCUCCCUCCAGCCAGCACGGUGACCGUGACCUCGGCCUGGUGGACGAGAAGAUCAAGGACCCCGACCAUGUGGAGAGUGUGUCCCAUGUCGUCACCAUUGAUAACAUCCAGGUCCUUGGCCUUGGACCGGACGAUGCGGAUUUCUACCUGAACUUUUCUCCGGAGAAGAGGAAGCAAAUGCUAUGGAAGAUCGAUAUUCGCCUGGUGCCGAUGCUCGCGGUGCUGUAUUUGAUCUCCCAUAUCGACCGCGCAAACAUCGGAAAUGCGAAAAUCGAAGGUCUCCUCGACGACCUGGGCCUCGACGGGAUCCAGUACAACAUCGCGCUCAGCAUCUUCUUCAUCCCCUACGUGCUGCUGGAGGUCCCAAGUAACAUGCUCCUCAAGACCUUCUCCCGGCCAUCCAUCUACCUCGGCAUCCUCAUCACCUGCUGGGGCAUCAUUAUGACCCUGACGGGUGUCGUGCAGAACUUCGCUGGCCUGAUGGUGACGCGGGUGCUCCUUGGCGUCUUUGAAGCCGGCUUCUUCCCCGGCGCCGUCUACCUCUGCACAUUCUGGUACAUGCCCAAGGAGCUCUCCACGCGCAUUGCCUUCUUCUACUGCGCCAGCGCGCUCUCCGGCGCCUUCUCCGGCCUGCUCGCCGCCGGGAUCGCCAAGAUGGACGGCGUGGGCGGCCAGGCCGGCUGGCGCUGGAUCUUCCUGCUCGAGGGCAUCGUCACCGUCAUGCUGGGCGUGAUGUGUUUCUUCUGUCUGAUCGACUCGCCGAAGCGGUCGGGCGCCUGGCUCGACGCCGACGAGAUCCGCUACCUCGAGCUGCAGCACUUCAUCAAAGAAGGCGGCCACUUCAAGGAGGAGAAGAAGUCGCGCGUCGCGUGGAAGGAUCUCUUCGCCGUCUUCACCAACUGGCGCAUGUACCUCCUCGCAUACAUCCUGCUCUGCCAGUCGUCCUUUUCCUACGGUUCGUCCCUGCCCCCUCACCCUUCCAACCCCGUCCCAUCAUGGAAAGCACCGCCUGACUCUAACUCACCAGGAACCAAAUUCACCCUCCCCACCAUCACCAAGGCAAUGGGCUUCACCAACACCAACGCGCAGCUGAUGACCGUCCCGCCGUAUGUGGCCGGCGCCGUCUCCGCGCUGUUCUUCUCCAAGCUGUCUGACCGCUUCUACUGGCGCUUCCCGUUCGUCGCGGCGCCGCUCUGUCUCGUCGUGAUCGGCUACGCAGUAAUCAUCUCCUUCCACGGCGCGCUCGAGGAAAACGUCGGCCCGGCCUUCUUCGCCGUCAUUCUCACCUGUAUGGGCAUCUACCCCAUCCACCCGGCCACGACCUCGUGGUCCGCCAACAACCUCACCCCGUCCAGCCACCGCGCCAUCGGCCUGGCCUUUAACAUCUGCAUCGGGAAUAUCGGGGGCAUCAUCGGCAGCUACAUGUAUCUCGACCGCGAGGAGCCGCAGUACUACACCGGCUUUGGGCUGUCGCUCGCCUUUGGCGGGACCGGUUUGCUGGCUGCGGCUGUCUUGGAGUUGUCGUAUGUUUGGGGGAAUAAGCGCAAGGCGAGGAUGUCGGAGAGCGAGGUGCGCGAGACGUACAGUGAUGAGGAGUUGUUGUCUAUGGGGCAUAAGUCGCCUUUGUUCAAGUAUACUUUGUGA